UUGCCAUAAAUAUCUGGAGUGCAGGGUUUUAUUCAUGUCAAAAUGGUGGAGACACAAGAAAAAACAAUAAAUGCCGAAGAUUUGUUAGCAGUUUGCACUGCUUCACAGAAUAUGAUUAGUGGUUCUGAUUUAAAUAAAAAGUCUACAUCAGCAGAUGACAUCAAGAACAAAACACAUGGAAAACCAAAGCCAAGUAAAGUGAUUCCCAGAGGUAAACCAAAGUCUGGUCGAGUAUGGAAAGAACCUAAACAGAGGUUUAAAUCAAUAAUUAAAACCAAGGGCCUUCAAUUGUCCCUCGAGAAAAAACAAAAAUUAAGAGAAGAUUUAAAAAGAGCCAAGGAACUGUCAAGGGAAAUAAAAGCGCAAAAAGAAGCUGAAAAACAAGCAAAAAAAGAAAGAAGAAAGCAGAAUCUGAAGAGGCAGGAGGAAAAUCAAAAAAAGAGCGAAAUCGUACAAGUGAUUAAAAAUCCAGCCAAGAUAAAAAGAAUGAAGAAAAAACAACUACGAAUGAUUGAAAAGCGUGACACUAUAAAGACAUGA